AUGAAUGUCGAGCAAGAGCCGUCGCCAGCGUCACAUGUGCUGGGCACUCCGAGGGAAGGAGACUCGAGCUCUCCUCUUCGUGCUAGGGCUCUUGACGAAGCUUUGAGAAGGCUGGGGGAGAACCCUGAAGAUAUUCUGUCCGACAUGUUUCAGGGAACUCCAGCAAAACGAGCAUACAUGAGUUAUGUGAAUCCGAGGGCAAACAGGACGCCCAACAAUGUUGAGACCAUGGAGGAGAGCGCAGCCCGGACGGCAAAGCAGGUUUCGUUUCUCAUGCGUGAGCACCGAGCGACACUCGCAGACUAUUUGAGGAACGUCGACGCUGCUAGACAAGAGCAGGAAAGCUUGGGAUUAGAACCACAUCCCAUCACACUGGUCGGUCUAAGUGAAACACUGCUGACAGUAAAAGUAGUGGUGGUUGUGGUGGUGGUGGUGGUGAUGAUGAUGAUGGAGAUGAUGAUGAUGAUGAUGAUGAUGAUGAUGAUGAUGAUGAUGGAUAUGAUUACGAUGAUGAUGAUAAUAACAAUGAUGAUAGCGAUGAAGAGGUUCUUGACAACGUCAGAUCAGUUUACAACGUGGGAAGCAUUUUCGGACAGGCGAGACCGCACGAGUGAAAGAGCUGCCGAUCAACAGGUUGUGACUUGCGGGUUUACUCCCCAUCCUCCGCAUGAGAAGCUGUCCAAGACAGCUCUCUCUGCCAUUGAGUUCGUUCCUUCCCGUCACUUUGAAACUACUGCAGAAGCUAUCAGGGUGUUGAAGAGUGAGGGGGUUCACAUCAUCGGGAUGGAGACAACUUCUCGCAGCAAGAGCUAUGUUCGUCUCUCGUAUCCUCAACCUUGCGCUCUCGUCCUCGGCAACGAGCUCACAGGGAUCUGCACUCAGGUAAUGCAGGAUUGCGACGAGCUUGUUGAAAUCCCAACCUUCGGCGUGAAGAACUCGCUCAACGUUGCGUCAGCCUGUCCAGUCGUUGUGUUCGAGGUGCUCCGACAGUGGGGAAAGAUGUGA